AUGUGCCCACUACAUCCAAAGAAACCAGGAUGUGCACACACUAAACAUCCAUGGGAACAGGUCGCAUCUCCAGGGUUCCCCCAAACUUCCCAUACAGCCACGCUGCACGACCACCACCCACAAGUCAUCGCCGAUGCUCACAUUCACAACUCAACAUUAAUUACGUGUCGUGAAGGUGUGGGGUGCGGGGGCUGGACGCGGCGGAGACGGGCCAGCGCGCUCAGCAACCCGUCCGUGGUCACACCCACGCCGGCAGCAUCUGGAACAGAAUCCACACUGAACCCUACGAUCCUAGUAGACAUUUCGGCGUCCGAAGUGCUGAUCACUCCAUCUAAAGUCGCCUCGAAACUGCUCGACAGCGGUUGGCAAGAACAUCAGAAUGCAAUUAAAUUGCACGAUUUGGUUCCACGCCCGGUUUAUGGGCGAACAAGAAUGAUUUUAUUUCAAGACACAUAA